AUGGCAGGCCUGCACCUGAUGCUGGAGGAGAAGCCGAUAGCCAUCAUCGGCCCCACCACGUCGAGCCAGGUGGCGCUGCUGAGCGGGCUGGCGGGCACAACGCGCAUCCCCCUGCUCUCCUACUCCGCCACCGACCCCCUCCUCACCACCUCGCGCCAGUGGCCUUAUUUCAUGCGCACUGUUCCCAGUGACGCCACCAAGAUGGAGGCAAUCGCAGACCUGCUGGCGCUGUACCGCUACAAGCACUUUGUUGCCAUAUUCACAGACGACCGGUUUGGGCGGAACGGCAUCAGCGUUCUCGAAAACAUCCUGCAGAACCGAUGGGGCUGGCAACACCCAGUGGUGGCGCGUGUGGCGUUGAAGCGGGGGAGGGAGUAUGACGACGCGCGCUCCUCUCUGGAGCUGCUGCAGCAAGUGCGCACGUCGGUCAUGAUCAUCCACGCGGGGGGCGACGGCCCUGACGCCGUGCUCAAAGCAGGUACGUGCGUGCCAGGAAUAGCGGUGGAGCUGGGGAUGUUCAGCCGCAGCUACGUGUGGAUUACCACGGAACUCACCCGUUUAAUCACCUAUCCUGUGAAUCCCCCUGCCUGCCACCCUCCUUAUUCACCAGCGGUGGAGCUGGGGAUGUUCAGCCGCGGCUACGUGUGGAUCACGACUGAGCCGACGUCUCUCCAGUCCUUCACAUAUGAUGGUGCCACCGCCUCCUUCAUGCCGCAAGUGCAGGUACGCACAUGA